AUGCCGCCCUCAGCUUCUAGGAUUGAUGUCCAUCACCACUAUUUGCCUCCAAUCUAUGUUCAAGCACUGGAGGCAGCCGGUGGCGAUCCCUCUGGUUGGAAAACCCCCGAAUGGUCUCUCGAAAGUGACAGGGUCUUGUGCCAGAAGCAUAACAUUCGUACUGCAAUCCUUUCUGUUACAGCCCCCGGACCCGACAUCGCGGAGGGAUUGGAGGCGGCCAGAAUAGCAAGGGGGUGUAACGAGUGGGCAGCAAGUCUCAGAAAUCAGAACCCUCAACAUUACGGCUUCUUCGCAACCAUUCCAUCUCCGCUGAAAGACAUGAGACUUGCGUUGUCGGAAGUGUCAUACGCUCUAGAUCAGCUAAAUGCGGAUGGCGUAACUCUAUUUACAAGCUAUGGAAGAAAUGGGCACUAUCUUGGUCAUGAAGCAUUUAGACCAUUAUGGGCGGAACUCGACAAGCGAAGGGCUGUUGUAUUUAUUCAUCCUGCAGCGGGGGUAGGAAUCGGCCCGAACAAUCCGGUCUUACCUGCGCCUAUGAUUGAAUACCCGCACGAAACAACUCGCUGCGCUGUUGACCUUAUCACCUCCAGGGUACUCCAGCAACACCCGAAUUGCAAAGUUAUCCUCUGUCAUUCCGGCGGCACACUUCCCUUCAUUGCUACUCGGCCAGCAGUUCUUCUAUCACACGCGGAGCUUUCGACAAUGACCCCUGAAGAGUUUCUUGCCGAGGCCCGGAAAUUCUACUUUGACGUCGCACAGAGCAGUUCCGAGGCGAUACAGUUUCUGCUGAAAUUCGCAGAUCCUGACCGCAUUCUUUACGGCAGCGACUUCCCUUACUGCCCACCCAAAACCAUCGAUUUUUUUACCAACGAGCUUGAUUCAUCGGGCCUAACUGAAGAGCAGCUGUUGAAAGUGAAUGUUGGUAAUUCAUCAGCGUUGUUCCCUCGUUUUCAAUAG